AUGGCUUCUCGAAUGGCGCCAACACACCGGAUGUUCAACUGAGGAAACACUGGAUUGGCAUUGAAUGUCUGAUUGUUGGAGCAAAACCGUGUGUUUCUUUGCGGAAUGCCCUGAAUCGCUGAGCUUCUUGAGAUUCGUCUCGACUCACGGAAGAGACUGCAACACAACAAGCUCACUUCGUAGUCUUAAACGGCGCUGCAUGCAACAAGGCUAACAUUACAGAACAAUUCCAUUGUCCUGCGUUCAAAGUACCCAUACCAAACUUCAGCCAGCAUAUUUCCAGUCUCCCUUUUGGCUCAGCAACAAUGACUUCCAUACGCCGCAUGACCGCUUCCGAUCUCCUCUCCCUCAAUCUCACCAACCUCGAUCCUCUGACCGAAAAUUACGAUGCUAAUUUCUACCUCACAUAUCUCAUGAAAUGGCCGUCCCUCUUCAACGUCGUCGAAGACCGCGAUGGCAAGAUCGUGGGCUACAUAAUGGGUAAACUCGAGGCCCAGCACCCUUCCAUGCGUCACUCAGAGCACUACACCCCGUGGCAUGGGCACAUCACCGUUCUCACCGUCGCGCCAGCCUGGAGACGACUGGGUUAUGCGCGACGACUUACCGAGGCACUGGAACGUGCUUCAGAUAUCAACAACGCAUGGUUCGUUGAUUUGUAUGUGCGUGCGGGAAAUAAAGUUGCCGUAGAAAUGUAUAAGGGGAUGGGAUACUCUGUGUUUAGACGGGUGGUGAAUUAUUAUAGUGAUGAUCCUGCGGGCAUGUCCGGCGGUGAAGAUGCGUUUGAUAUGCGGAAACCGUUGAGUAGAGAUAAAGACUUGAUACAUCAGCGAGAGAAUGGGGAGAAGUUUUUGGUUAGCCCGGAAGAUGUAUACUAAGAUGGUGAUUGUGAUCUGCGGCUGGGUAUGUGAGGCCGUUGUGGUG